GCGCUUCUUUCAGUUGUCAGCGACGGUUUCAAAAACAAAUUCAGCAGCCAAACGAACGCACUGCGUCGCGGACGCAAAGGGUGAACGAAAAGUGUUCCAAAACAAAACAAAAAUUACCGUGAAAGCUUGCAAAAUAUCUCUUCCGUAACGAAAAAGCAGCUGCCAGAGAACGCGUAUCGGGUUGAACCAGCUGCCCCAGGAUGGACUCCAGAAUUCCCAAACCUUCGUUCCUGAAGAAACCUACCGGCCCGUUAAGCCUGCCGGGCAAUGCUCGUCUGCCGUUGACCAGAGACUUGCUCAACUUACCGUCCGCAAAUUCGACAAUGUUCGCCAAGAUGCGUAUGCCCUCGCCGGAUAAGAGAAGCGAGAGUGGCGCGAUGGUGAAUCGUGCCAAGCUGCGCCGCAGCCGCUCGGCCAUGGAUCUGAACAGGCCGGACUUUCAUCGGCCCAAGUACACGUCUACCCUGGCACCUGUAGCGUCACGGGCGGGCGGAAACAUCAAUGCCAGUACGGUCGCGAUGAUGGUGAGCAGCGAUUUGGUGAAACCGGUACAGACCAGCUCGAACGGGUCACGGGUGCACCAUCUGCGAAGGAGCCGCUCGGCCUGCGACAUUGCGAUGGCGUCGAACGUAUCUUGCUCUACAACUUCAUCGUCGGCGAGCGGGAUGUCAUCGCUGGCAGGGUUCAAGCGACAGCCGCUACCAGCUGCCCAUACAAACUCUCGCACUGCCGUGCCGCCGGCCAAGGUAUCCAAAAUGACCACCACGAGCACUACAAUGCCACCGAGAGGAGCGGCUGCAGUUUCCAAACCGGUGACACACAGGGCAGCCGUCGCUGCUUCAUCGGUUGCCACCGCUACGGCCAGAAAGGUUGCUCCGCCAAUCAAAAGCGCGGUAGGCGCUAAAGUGGGCAGCAGUGCAAAAUUAAACGGAUCGGACGCAUCGAAAACGAGCGGAGUAGGCGCAAAGACGGCAGCGAAAACGAUGAACAAGCGCAUCCCACCGUACGACUAUAAGGCCCGGUUUGCAAACCUUACCGAAAAGCACAAAGCGCUGAUGGAGAAGCACGAAAAGCUGCAGGAGGAACACGCCAGCCGGGAGUCGCUGCAGGAGCUGUACGACGAAUGCACCCGCGAGCUGGAACUGCUGAAAGCGGAACACGCACAGCUGAAGGCAGAGCUGGAAACGAUUCGUCAGUGCAACGAUGAGCUAAGCCAAACCAACCAAACGCUCUCGGCCUCCCUCGAUCGCACGGAGUCGGAAUUGAACAAGCUGCGGGAAAAGUACACCGUGACCGAUCGGGAAAAUGUGACCCUGCGCAUGCAGCUGAAGGAGCUCCAGGAGCGGGCCGCUUUCCUGGAGAAGGAAAACCUCACACUGCAGGAUGCGAACCAGCGCAACACGGAGCUGCUCUUUCACGCCAACAUCGAGCGGAAGGAUCUGCACAACAUGGUGAUGGAUCUGCGCGGUAACAUUCGCGUGUUUUGCCGUGUGCGGCCACCGCUCCCGUCGGAAGAGCACCGGAUCGAGUGUGGCUGGAAGUAUCUGGACGAGCAGUCGAUCGAGCUGAUCGCGAUGGACGGCAGCAACAAGCGGAUGGACUUUAGCUUCGAUCACGUGUUCCAUCCGCGCACGACGCAGCAGGACAUUUUCGAUAACGUUUCGCCGCUGAUACAGUCCGCACUGGACGGGUACAACGUGUGCAUCUUUGCGUACGGCCAAACCGGCAGUGGCAAGACGUACACGAUGGACGGUGUGCAGGACAGUUUGGGCGUCAUUCCCCGCACGGUUGAUCUGAUUUUCAACGCCGUCAAAGACUACAGACGCUUCGGAUGGGAGUAUGAGAUCCGUGUCACAUUCUUAGAAAUCUAUAAUGAAAUACUGUACGAUCUGCUCGACACUUCCGGCACGACGAAGGAUCUGGAAAUAAGGAUGGCAAACGCGAAAAACAAAACAGAAGUGUACGUUUCGAACAUCAUUGAAGAGACGGUGGACACGACAGCGCGACUGCACCAGCUAAUGAACAUUGCCAAGCUGAACCGGGCGACGGCCGCCACCGCCGGCAACGAACGCUCGUCCCGGUCGCACGCGGUCACGAAGAUAACGCUCAUCGGCACGCACCAGGAAAAGUGUGAAACGUGCAUCGGGUCGGUGAAUCUGGUCGAUUUGGCCGGCUCCGAAAGCCCGAAAACGAGCACACGCAUGGACGAGACGAAGAACAUCAACCGGUCGCUGAGCGAGCUGAGCAACGUGAUACUGGCGCUGGUGCAGCGGAACGAGCACAUACCGUACCGGAACUCGAAGCUGACGCACCUGCUGAUGCCGAGCCUGGGCGGCAACUCGAAAACGCUGAUGUUCGUGAACGUGGCCCCGUUUCAGGACUGCUUUACGGAGACGGUCAAGUCGCUCCGGUUUGCGUCGCAGGUGAACUCGUGCAAGCUGCAGAAGGUGAAGAAAAACAAGGUCCUGAGCGGUAACGGCGUCGUGUAAUCGCACAGUUUUUACUGCUUUUUUGGACCAUGGCGUGUUGGGUAACUGUAACUAUCGCCUCCCGGGUGUGUAAAACAAACAAAGGGAGGGAAUGCGCCAAACGGGAGAGCGAAUAUUAUUCAAAUUCUUUAAUUAAUGCCCAAUCUUUUACUAUUCAGCGACAAUCGUUGGUUAUGCGUUUAUUAUUACAAUUUAAAGCAAAAACGAAAGGCUAACACACCAGCGUACAAUAAAUUAACGUAUUUCCUUUUUAAGAA